AUGCUCUUAAGCAAAAUUUAGGUUCAUGAAUUUUCUGAUUAGAAUUACUUGAUGGAUGAAUACGAAGAAUUUAAGAAAAAUCUAAUAAUAAAAAUAUUAUAGGAUAAGAAGAUUAUAGAAUUCCUAGAGAUAUUAGUUCAUCUAACUGCAAUAGAUGCUACGGUGCUAAUCUGGUAGGAUGUGACUUUAAAGGAUCAAAAUGGAAUUAAUUUGAAUUAAGCCAAAUUAUUUAAAUGGAAGAAUUUAAGAAUAAAUGAGCUAAGUAAAAAGAAUGUUCAUAGAGGUAAAGUCAAUAAAAUUAGCUUUUCUCCAGAUGGUAUGUCAUUAGCCUCUUGCAGUAAUGAUAAUUCCAUUUGUUUGUGGGAUUUGAAAACAGGAAAAAUAUAGUCAGUAAUAAGAGCAUAUGGGGAGGUAGAAUCAGUAUGCUUCUAGCCAAACGACCCUACAUUACCAUUUAGCAGUGGUGAGUGUUAUACUUAUGCAAUAUUAAAACAAAGAAAGACUUCUUAAAAUUAGAUGGUCAUAAUAAUGUCAAUACAAUCUAUUUCUCUCCAAAUGUUUCUACAUUAGCAUGUGGCAGUAGAGAUAAUUCAAUCUGUUUAUGAGAGAUUAAGACAAGAUAAUCAAUCUAAUCGCCAGACAAUCGCUAUAAAGAUAUUUUAGCUUAAUUUUAACUUUCAAUACUUAAAAAUAAUGUUCUUCAAGAAAGUAGUAUUUAUUUUCACUUAUUCUAUUUUAGCAAAUAUUGCAAUUUUAUUAAUUUCGCAAAAUAUCCAUUUACAAGCUAUAGGAGCUUUAAUCUUGAAAUGUGAAUUUGUAAAUUAUUAAGGAAUAAAUCUAAAAUCAUUAUUCAAAUCUAAAGGAGGCUGCAUAUUAGAAAAAUAAAUUAAAUAGUAAAAAUAAUAAAAUUGA